CGAGGUGUGGGUGAGGGCAUCCGUUUCCGGUUGAGCUGCAACGCAUUUUCGGGCAGAGGCAGGCAACAAAAACAAACAACAAAAAAAGCAAACAAACGAAAGGACACAAAAAGGACACGCAAUAACAAAGCGAAACAAAGCGCAACAGACGCGAAACACACACACAACAAACGCCACCUCCCCUCCUCCGGCCGCCAAUUGGGGCGCCACCCGCCCCACUGUACUCCCCCGGCUUCCACAAAGGACUCACAGAAACCAGGACAAACGUUAUUCCUAACCAAACAAAAGAGAGACAGUGGAGAGGCGAGAGCGAGAGAGAGUACUCCACUCCUCAUGUAAGGAAGCAGAAGCCUGGAAGAGCCCCUCAAAUCGACCAAUUUGCUUAACUAAAAGUCUUGAAAAUAUCAACUGCUGCUGCAAACUGUAUGACUGAUUUAUGAACUGGGGAACAGAAACCCCCACGAAAUUAACUCCCUAAGAACUUUAUAUAGCCUUUACACCCAAAAUAAUAAACCUUAGCCACCUUUUUGGAGGAAUGAACGGCUUGCUAUCGCUAGAAGCUUCAGCUAUUUAUUGACCCAAGUAACCAAGUAGCUAGCUAACACUUGCAAUCGAUCAAUCAAUCAAUCAGCAGAUAUACACGAACGACAGAUAGAAGAGGAGCAGAUAGACAUUGAAGACAUAGAGCAGCAUCAUCAGGACCUUAGGGAGAGGAGGAAUGCAGCGGUGUCCCUACAUACAUGAGAUGCGAGAACGUUUGCUGGAUCAGCCACGGGAGACACUACAAUUGGAGAACAUGGAGCGGGCCAAUCUGCUCGACAAUCGACAGUCGGCCUCCGAAUCAAAUCAGGUCGGCACUGUGGUCAAGCUACAGGGAGAUGGCUAUCACACGAGUCCUGCACAUCAGCGCACACCGCUAGUGCCACAUGAUCUGGGCGAGGACUUCAAUUUGGAUUUCGACGAUGACUUCCCGAUCGAUGCCCGAAGACCGAAAAAUGCAAACGGCAUACUUCAACCGGUUCUGACGCGCCCACAGCCAAGGGUUUGCUACACGUUCAAGCCAAAUCCAAAUAAACACAGUUUUAUGCCAGCGAAAAUAACGGUACAGGGCACAUAUCAAACAAAUCCAAUAACGGGACCAAUCGAACUAUGGACAUCGCUAUUUAUCGUGACCAGCCUGGUGUACGCGAUCCUCCUGAUCGUCGUGUGCAUUGCAUACGUGAUCAGCGAUGUGACCACACACCGCCUGCCAGUGCUCUACUAUGAGACAUUCUUCACGUAUCUGUACGGCGUCAGCAUACUCUUCCUCCUCUACGUAUUCUGUUUCCUGCUGCAGGAGAGCUCUUGCUGCAAUGGCGGCAAUGGCAAUGGCAAUGGCAGCAAACCGAAACCCCAACCCAAGGAGAAGAAAUCGAAGAAAGCCAAGAAUGCCGAUCCAGCCGAUUCGAAGGAAGCGAAGGGCUCCAAGGACUCUGGCAAAGCAGCUGUCAAAGGCGCCGCAUAUCAGGAAGCACCCGUGGAUGCCGAGGUGGCCGUCACCCCGAAGAAUGUACGCAAGAGGAAGACCACACAUAGCGAUCCGACGCACGGCAGCUUCUUUCUGCGAGUGGGAGCCAUUGCAUUCGGUCUGGGCGCCAUGAUCUAUAUUGGACUGGAGUUUGGAUCGUUCUUUGAGAUACCCUUCGACUCGCCCUGCCAUCACAUACUGAUCGGUGUGAAUCCGCUGCUCCAGAUGAUAUUCACCUUCAUGCAAAUGUACUUUAUAUUCAUGAACGCACGGACUAGGCCACCAUUUCAGCUGAACAUCCACCGAUUCAAGGUGAUUGCCCGCUUCGGGCUGAUGCAUGUGGUGGCCACCAAUAUUUGCGUGUGGAUCCGGACGCUGGUGAAGGAGUCGCUGCUGGAGAUCACCAUCUGGCACCAGAAGAACGAGCCCGAUCCGGAGGCCUCGUCCAUAGCCCACUCGGUGCGGCAGCAUGCGCUGCGGCAUGCCGGCACCGUUCUACGCACCCAUGCCGGCCCGAACAGCGAGUUCGAGGUGCUGGACGGGGAGGAUCUGCUGCCGAAGGAUGUCUACAAGAGCGACAAUGUGCUGUCCAAGCUGGUGCGCAACACCGUCGACGGCAUCUCGAAGAGCCUGGGCAUGGGCGGGGAUGUGGCCAGCAGCACAGCGCGGAGCAUUGUCAGCAGCAGCACCACCACCCGGGCACCGUACACGACGGCCGGCUAUCAAUGGCACAGCACUACUAUGGCCCGCAAGCUGAAGAAGUUUAUCACAAGUGCCACCACAGCAGCCACCACAACGGGCGGCAGCCCCAGUACCAUUGCCAGCACCACCACCACCUUCGGCACAACCACCACCACCACCAGCCCAUUGACCACCACAACCACCGCCAUACCCAUUUCCGCCGGCGGCAGCACUGCAACGGACGCCAUCAGCAGCACGACCAGCGAAUCGACCUUCAGCGGCCUCCAGCGACUCCUCACCAGCGCUGCCCCGAGUCUGACGCCAGUCGAUGGGUCCGCCUCCUCGGCGUUGCCCGCUGCUGCCACUGGCAGCGUCUCCUCGUUCCUCAGCAGCUUUGUCGCAUCCACGCCCAGCAGCGGCAUCGGUGCCAGCACGGAGGGCCCGGUGAACAUCAUGAACAACCUGUUCGGACCCGGCAUGGAGAACAGCUUCCAGACCUACUCGGACAUAUCGCACGAGGAGUCCAGCGGCGGCCUGGUGGCCUUCGAGAAUCUGGAGAGCCUGGACAGCAUCUACCCGGCGGCGCUGUCUUCCAACAUUGGCACACUCAACUCCACCGCCUGCGGGCGCAUCGAUAUUAUGGGGACCAUUGUGUACGACUCGGCGCCGUAUCUUUAUCCGUUUAUCAUUGAGUAUUCGCUGAUCGGUGCGGUGGUUUUGUAUGUCAUGUGGAAGCACAUCGGCCGCUAUCCGGGACGGAUGAACGACGAGGAUCUGGAGCAUCGUUUGGAGGUGAUGCUAUCGCGUCGUGCCGUCGCCAUGGCGCAGCAGGCACGCUCCGGUCGCGUCGACUGCGUUGGCUCGUCGAAGGGACUGUUCUUUGGUCUGCUGCUGUUGGUCGGCGCCCUCAUUUGCCUGAUACUCUUCUUCGUCUUGGUGCGUCAUCAGCAGUUCUCGCUGUUGGCCAUUUACCUGGCCGAUGCCAGCCACUGCAUCCUCAUGGCCUUCGCCAUACUGGCCAUCAUAGUGGGCUUCAUCAGGGUGAAGAAUCUCAAGUUCCGCUGCGAGGAGCAAUCCAAUCUGAACGACAUCUUGUUGCGCAUCUCGGCCUUCGGCCUCUUCACCUACUCCGUGUUCAGCAUCAUUGCCGGCAGCAUCAAGGUGCUGGAGAGCGAGCCCAGCCUCCUGGUGACGACUACCGGCGGUGUGGCCGUCUUCCAGGUGAUCUUGCAGCUGCUCUUCAUCGCAGAUGUAUCGCGGCGUCGCGUCCACUUGCCGGAGCAUGAUCGCAGCAAGCCCGGCCGCCAGAUUGUCACCUUCCUACUCAUCUGCAACGUGGCCAUGUUCGCCAUCUACACAUUCGAAGCUCAAAAAGUAUUCGCCAAUCCUGUUCAGCUUGAGUUCUAUGGCUUUGUGCCCUGGUCCAUCAUUCAGCGCAUUACACUGCCGCUGUGCAUCUUCCAUCGGUUCCACAGUGCCGUGACACUUGCCGAGAUCUGGAAGACCACCUACAAGGCACGCCUGGAGUAAGCAGGGAGGCGGCAUGCAGGCUGCAGUCAGUCCUCCC